CACUGGAUUCGUCUCGAGGACGGAUCUCGUGGACAGUCUCGCCGCGUCAGCCGUGCUGUGCGGACGUGUGCUGAGUUUCGUGCGCCGCGGUCUGCUUUGCUUCGGCGUGGUGACACCUGUGGCGUACAAGCCGUCAUAAUGACACAACAAAUUGCUGUUUAUAGCGUGCUACAAAAAUUACCUUCACUUUUAAAAACUGCUCUUCCACAACUGCAGUUUCAAGUGGUGGAACACGGUGCCUCUGAUGCAUUGGGUGCUCUCCAGAAGGCUGAAAUAAUAAUUGCAGAUGGCUUUCUUUUAUCUCCCAUCAUUCAUCAGCUGCCAAAUGCAAAGUGGAUACAGUGUACUUAUGCUGGUGUGGAGAACAUUGUUGCAGCUGUUGAUAAAACAAAGCUUCCACUUCCUUUUGUAAUGACCCGGCUCACUGGUGACCUCUUUGGCGUACAAAUGGCUGAAUAUGUUGUUUCUGAAAUUGUCAACAGAGAACGGAAUCUGUUUACAUACUAUGAUUAUCAGAAGAUAGCAAAGUGGGGGAAAGAAGGUUUUUUUCCUGAAAUGAGAACUAUGAUGGACCUGACUAUCGGAAUUAUGGGCUUUGGUGAGAUUGGAAAAGACAUUGCAAGAACUCUGAAGUCACUAAGAGCAGAAAUCUGGGCACUUGUUAGAAAAAUUCCAGAGGAUAAGGAGAAACUAGCAUUUGUUGAUAAUUAUCGAAAAGUGGAAGAUUUACCGGAGUUUUUGCAGAAGUGUGACUAUGUCAUAAAUGUAUUACCUUCCACACCUCAGACUACGGGACUUCUUAAUGCAGAUUUAUUGAAGAACUGUGCUUCAAAGGAAACUGUUUUUAUCAAUAUUGGAAGAGCAUCAGUGGUGAAAGAAGAGGAUCUGAUAACAGCAUUAGAAAAUAAGUGGCUGUCAGCAGCGAUCCUUGAUGUCUUUGAGAAAGAGCCAUUGCCACCAGAUAAUCCACUUUGGAAAAUGCCACAGGUAACUGUUACGCCUCAUAUAUCUGGUAUUUCCCGUGCCAAAGACAUUGUCAGACGCUUUAUGGAAAAUUAUGAGAAGUAUAAAAACAACAAGCCACUACUAAAUGUUGUAGACUUUGAUAAAGGCUAUUAAUAUUAAAAUCUUCAUGUUGGAGUGUAAGUUAUAGUUUCAAAUGUUCAUCAUCAUCUACUCAUUUGUAAUAAUUCAUAAUUUCGUGUGUGGAAAUGUUCAAUAAAUACCAAAGCUUCUUCAGUCACAAAGUGAUGACCCUUGAGUGUGAUAAAUUUGUGAUGCAUUAAGAUUAAAUAAAUUUUAUUUUACUGUAAA